GCUGGAAGUCGAGGCAUGUCAAUGGCUUUCAGAUGUCAGGAUAACCUUAAAGACUGAUGAGUGGUCAAGACCCCAUGCCUCAUUUCUGAGUUCUCAGCUGCUGUGCCUUGGAGAUCAUGUGUUUAUUUUCUCAGUCUCCUCCUACAACAGUCCCUCUGAAGCCAGUUUUACGAUCCUACAUCUGGGCAAGCAAGCUCCUCUUGAAGUUGAUAUCUUAGAAAUGAUUAGAAGAAUCGAUUCCUUCUGAGAUUCAUCAGAUCAUUUCCUACAAAAUCCUCAUCUUGCUGUCUACUUGUGGAAAAGAACCAUACCUCUUGGAAACUACCUUCCUUAGACCUCAGAGUUUGAAAGAAGCAGGUGCUGAAUCUUAGUUUUUCGUGAACAAGAAAAAUGGGCUGCGAUAGAAACUGUGGACUCAUUGCUGGUGCUGUCAUUGGAGCAGUCCUGGCCGUGUUUGGAGGUAUUCUAAUGCCAGUUGGAGACAUGAUUAUUCAGAAGACAAUUAAAAAGGAAGCUGUCCUUGAAGAAGGUACAAUUGCUUUUAAAAAUUGGGUUAAAACAGGCACAGAAGUUUACAGACAGUUUUGGAUCUUUGAUGUGCAGAAUCCAGAGGAAGUAGCAAUUAAUAGCAGCGUAAUUAAAGUUAAGCAAAGAGGUCCUUACACGUACAGAGUUCGUUAUCUAGCCAAGGAAAAUAUAACCCAGGACCCUAAGACCCACACAGUCUCUUUCCUACAGCCCAAUGGUGCCAUCUUUGAACCCUCGCUAUCAGUUGGAACAGAGAACGACUCCUUCACUGUUCUCAAUCUGGCUGUGGCAGCUGUACCCCAUCUCUAUUCAAAUACAUUUAUUCAAGGAGUACUCAAUACACUUAUCAAAAAGUCAAAAUCUUCUAUGUUUCAAAAGAGAACUUUGAAAGAACUAUUGUGGGGCUAUCCGGAUCCAUUCUUGAGCCUGGUUCCAUACCCUAUUUCUACCACAGUUGGUGUGUUUUAUCCUUACAACAAUACUUCAGAUGGAGUGUAUAAAGUUUUCAAUGGGAAGGAUGACAUAAGCAAAGUUGCCAUAAUUGACACAUAUAAAGGCAAAAAGAAUCUCUCCUACUGGCUGAGUUAUUGUGACAUGAUUAAUGGUACAGAUGCAGCCUCAUUUCCACCUUUCAUUGAGAAGACCCGGGUAUUGCAAUUCUUUUCCUCUGACAUUUGCAGGUCAAUCUAUGCUGUGUUUGGAGCUGAAAUUAAUCUGAAAGGAAUCCCUGUGUAUAGAUUUAUUCUUCCAUCCACAGCUUUUGCAUCUCCACUUGAAAAUCCAGACAAUCAUUGUUUCUGCACAGAAAAAGUUGUCUCCAAAAAUUGUACAGUAUUUGGUGUGCUAGACAUUAGCAAAUGCAAAGAAGGAAAACCUGUGUACAUUUCACUUCCUCAUUUUCUACAUGGAAGUCCUGAACUUUCAGAACUUAUUGAAGGCUUAAGUCCAAAUGAAGAAGAGCAUAGCACUUACUUGGAUGUUGAACCUAUAACUGGAUUCACAUUACGAUUUGCAAAACGGUUGCAGGUCAACCUAUUGGUCAAACCAGCAAAAAAAAUUGAAGCAUUAAAAAAUCUGAAGCAGAACUAUAUCGUGCCUAUCCUCUGGCUUAAUGAGACUGGUACAAUUGGUGAUGAGAAGGCAGAAAUGUUCAGAAACCAAGUGACUGGAAAAAUUAACCUCCUUGGCCUGGUAGAAAUCAUCUUACUGAGUGUUGGUGUGGGGAUGUUUAUUGUUUUUAUGAUUUCAUACUGUGCAUGCAGAUCAAAGAGAGUAAAUUAAGAAGCAAAUGAGUCUUUGCAUUUAUGCACCAGCUACGUCAGGACCUUUCUUAAUAUCUAUUUACAAAAUGAAUAUGCAAUAUGCUUUAUUUUUGCAAAACAUCUUAUAGUUGAAGAACUGGUGGCACAUUUUUUUUUUUUUUGCACUGAGUAGGAGCACAUUUCUUUAGGGGUGUUAUGAUAACAUUGAAAAAAUGACAUAAAAUCCCUAUUUGGAACAGAAACCCAGCACCUUUUAAAAUUCAACAUUAUACAAUCAAAUGGAUUUCAGUUUCUACAGACCUCACUUGUGCAUGAUCCAAUUACAUUUACUUCGCAUUUUUUAUGAAAUGCUUCUCUGGUGUCAAAACCGGCAGAGGGAUGAAUGUUCUAAAUGCUCAUGCCUUGCCUUCUUCAGCAAGGAGAAAAGAUCACUACCAUCAUGAGUGUCCCUGCAACUCACAGACCCCAGGACGGUCAGUACAUUGCACUUCAGGAGCAUCAACUAUUUUGAAAAGACAUUCAAGAAUGGAAACUAAAUGAUUGGCCUAUGACCCGUUUACUAUGCAUUAUUUGAGUUUCUUUCUCUAUGGAAACCGUAGUACAGCAUCAGCAGACAUUGUAACCAUGCUCUUUAUAAAAAUGUGGGCUUAUAUUUUUACCAAUACUUACACAAAUGGCCAUGUUUGAGACUUUGUCUUCUUCCAUGUUCUCUAGUUCUGGAAAUCUGAGUAGAUUUUGAUCUUUCUACUCAGUUGGAUACAACUUAUGCUUGGCAACUUCAGAACGCUGUACUAGUAUUAAGAGAUGUAAAUGAUAAUAAAAAUUAUUGUAUGGGUGAUUACAAAGAGUAGAAUAUACAUUGAUAGUUAUUUGCUGUAAUAUUUCUUUCUGUCAUAGUCACCUCAGAAAGACUGAUUCCAAACAUUAAAAAUGUCAUUCCUAAA